AUGGGAAAACAAUCCAGGAAAAGACAUUUGGCAAGUAAGGACAAGAAGGAAAUAAAACGAAAAUUGAGACAAUUAGAAGAAAGGCUCCGAUCGUACUCAUCAAAAAGUUCGGAAUCUGAAUCCACAUCAGAUCUUUCGAGCAUCUCCAGCGAUGCAAGAGAUACUUGCUGCUUUCCAUUCAGCCUUGGAGCUCUACAAGAGAAACUGAAUGCAUCUCUUCCUGGAGUCCAUAUGCUGUCCAUACGCAUUGGAAACAAUAUCAUCGAAGAUAUGGAAAAUGGCUAUUUCAAACACCCAGAUGAACAAAUCAAAGAAGCUUGUGAUAUUGUAGAAGCAGAUCAGCUAUUGCAUGAUGGAUUCAAUGCUAUUGGACUGUCUCAAGGAAGCCAAUUUUUUGGUGUUUCAGUCGCCGAAAUCGAUGACCUCACAAAGGGAAAAACCGAGUUCAAGUGCAUACAGUGCAAAGGUUCGCCUAAUGAUGAUGGUGAUGCAGCUUUUUUUGAUGCCAUCGAGAACAUUAGCAUCGAUAAAAAGGUUGAUAUCCAUGUUUUUAAUUAUAUCGUGAAACAAAAGGAUAUAAUGAUCAACGAUCUGAGAAAUCAAAUUGACAUAUUAAACAAUCAAAUCGUACUUCUGAACGAAAGAAACAACGAUAUGAUGCGCCAUUCAACCGGGCCAUCAGAUAAAAAACCUCGCGACGACAAAAAGCCUCUCGAAGAUAAAAACAACCUGAUCCAGAUUAAGGCAACGCUACCAGACAGUGUUGCCAAGCCACCGAACUUUCAGGAAAUCUCAGGCAAGCUAGUCGCAAAUGCAAUCGCACACGCAGAAACACAGGAAAAAUGCCACAAAUACAUAACCUUAAAUGGUACUACUGAAAGUCAUGACGUAACAACCGAGGCACCCAUAAACGUGGAAAGUCAUCCGCCAUGGCAAACAGUGAUCAGAAAACGUCCUAAUAAAAGCAGACAAGUCAUAACAGGAAACAAUACGACCAAUUCUUCCGUAAAAGGAGUACCAAAACUGGCCUCCCUCCAUGUAUACCGUAUUGAUAAGAAUUCAACAGCAGAAUCCCUAAAACUUCUGCUCAAAGAUCAUUUUCCAGAAGUAGUCUGUGAAUCCAUCACUCCCAAAUACCCUGACCUCUACACAUCAUACAAAGUAAGAAUACUGGAAUCUAACUUCCGUAGAGCAAUGGAUCCCGCUAUAUGGCCAUAUGGAGCAUGUGUAAGCCGUUUUUUAGAGAUGAGGAAGCCAAGACCACAUCCGAGCUAG